AUGGCUAAUAAUUCCAUUCACUUUCUCUUUUGUUUGCUUGUUUCUUCUGUUCUCUUCGAUUGUUCGCUCAUCAAUGCAGGAGAAACACGGAAACAUUUUCAUGCGAUCCGCCUCAGCUUGCUAAAGUCAUUGAACAGCCCGUGCCCCUCAACCUUUUCAGGAUCUAACAGCAACAAGUUACCAGUAGUCCAGAGGCGCGGUCCAUGCUCCCCCUUGCACGGCUUGGAAGCCCCCAACCACGAAGAAAUCCUCCACCGCGACACCGCCCGAGUCAACGCUCUCCACCAGAGUUUUCCUCUCUCUACCACUGCAGACCAGUCGGCCCCCGCCAGCGCUCCCUCGCCUCAUAGUGUGACCAUUCCUGACGGACUUGGUAGCGCGCUCGGUACACUCGACUACGUCGUCACUGUUGGAUACGGCACACCCCCAAAGAACUUUACCGUGAUCUUCGAUACUGGUAGCGACAUAUCCUGGAUCCAAUGCGAGCCGUGUGUCGGCCAAUGCUACCCCCAAAUAGACCCUCUCUUCAACCCGUCCCAAUCCUCCACAUACACCAACAUAUCUUGCGAUUCCGCCGAGUGCUCCUUAGUAGGAGGGAACUGUGAUGACUCCAACUGCAUGUAUGCUGUCCAGUACGGCGACGGCUCCUAUUCAGCUGGCUAUUUUGCGAAGGAGACGCUCUCUAUAACACCCUUGCAUGCUCUCAAGAAUUUCAAUUUUGGGUGUGGUGAGAUGAACAAGGGCUUAUUCGGCGGGGUCGCCGGGCUCAUUGGAUUGGGAAGAGGAAAGGUUUCUUUGGCCUCGCAAGCGGCGCCAAUCUACGGCGGAGCCUUCUCCUACUGCCUCCCGCCUUUCAAUCGUGAGAUUGGAUACUUAACAAUCGGAAAUCAGCUUCCACCUUCUGAUGAGGUUCAGUACACACCGAUGAUAACCGAGCCAGAUGCUCCGUCCUUCUACUUCGUGGGACUUGUUGGUCUCAAAGUGGGAGGAAGGAACCUUUCGAUCCCGCAGACCGUCUUCACCAAGGUGGGAACUAUUAUCGACUCCGGCACGGUUGCCACUUACCUCCCACCAACUGCUUACUCAGCACUUCGCGAUGAGUUCCGCCGGUGGAUGACGAGAUACAGAAUGAGGCCACCCUAUGCGAUAUUCGACACGUGCUACAACUUCACCGGAUUGAAUACGACUGCAUGCUUGGCAUUCGCAGCCACGAGUGAGGCCGGCGAAUUCUCGAUCAUAGGGAAUGUGCAGCAGCGGUCGAUGGAGGUGGUCUACGACUUGGAGAGAUCGAUGAUUGGAUUCAGCCAAGAUAGUUGCUGAUGGAUUGAGAGAUGGAGCAGUUGAUCAUGCACUUGGGAUGUAACAAGAGUGUUGAAUUCACC